AUGGUCUUUCGAGAUCGUCAAGGAUUAUCAUCAGAUGAUCCAAUACAAUCAACAAAUAAUCGUGAUCGUUAUUUAGAUAAUUGUUUUUUAUUAUGUAUGAAUCGUAAUGAUGAUACAGAUACACCUGAAAUUUAUCGAUUAGAAAAUAAUCUUUUACAAGAAUUAUAUACGAAAAAUCCAUCGAAUCAAAUGAAAUCCCAACAACAACAAUCAAGAAUUUAUUUAACAGAUAAACAAGAAGAACAAAAUUAUAAUAUUGAUGAUGAUGAUGAUGAUAUUCUAAAUUCAAGACAACAACAGCAAAAAGAACGUGAUUAUAUAUAUAGACGAAAAGAUAAUCAACAAGAUCGAGAUUCUCAUAGAAUAAAAAAUCGUACGAGAUAUCAACGAGAUGAUGGUAUGGAUCGUUAUCAAUAUUCUCGACCUGUUAGAUAUAAUCAUCGAGAUGAUUAUAAUAUUAUGCAGCAUAGUGAUGAUGAAUUAUCUGUAUAUGAAAUAUAUGUACCAACAAAUACAUUGAAUCGUUUAUCAAACAAACAAAUAGAUAAUAAUAUGGUUUUAAUUGAUUAUGAAGAUGCAUCAAUGAUGCGUAAUGUACAAGGAAUGUCUUCACCUUAUGGAUAUUCACCACAAAAUAUCCCUUCACAAUAUAAUAAUUAUAUGCCUAUAAAUCAAUAUAAUGAUUAUGGUCAACAAUAUCAAUAUGAUCCAUCAUUUGGUUUUCCAAGAGAACGUGAUGAUCAACAAAAAUUCUAUCAAAAUAAUCCAUUACAACAACAACCACAACAACAAUUUGGUAGUUAUUAUGGAAAUGAAGGAAAUCGACAACCUUAUUUACCAGAACCAGUUCCAUUUUUACCACCAAAUAUUCCAAUUGAUCGUUCAAAUGUAAUUAAUGUUCGUCGUCAUAUUUAUUCACCAUCUCAACUUCCACAAGGUUUGACUGAAGGACAACUUGUUAUGUUAUUACAAAAAGGUAAUCAAUAUCAACCAGAAAAAUCUCAACCAUUAGGACAACAAACACAACUUUUUCCAACACAAAAUGAACCACAACCAUCAACGAUGUCAGCUAUAACUGUUUCUCAAUCUUCACCGGCACCAAGUACUCAUAUAGUAGAACCUUUUAAAAAUCCUGAAUAUGUUGCACCAUUACAAAUAAAAAUCCCUCCUCAAGUACUACCACAAAUUAUUGAUCAUCGAUUAACAGAUGAAGAAAGAGUUUCUAUCACAGAUGAUAUAACUAAACCAAUGAAUACAUUAAAUACAAUGCAUUCAACAAAACCAAUGCGAGAUAUUGAAUCUGAAGAAAAGAAAAAAGUUAAAACUAGUGAUGUAAAAAAAGAUAAGAAAGCAGAAAAAGAUAUUGGUGAUAGUCAUAAAAAAGAAAGUAAAAAAGAUGGUAAAAAAGAAAAAUCAAGUGGAAAAGAUAGUAAAAAAAAGAAGAAAUAA